AAUUGGUCAUACUUUAUUAAAAUAAUUAUAAAUACAAUCAUACAUAGUGUCAACAUUAAUAUUCAAAACUUAUAUCGGAAGUUUGUUUUUUUUUUUUUUUAUGAGAAUAUAUAUUAAUAUCAACAUAGAAUUUUCCUCAGCCUUUAAAUUCCAAAUUCAAUAUCCUCAAUUGUUUUUCCAUUCUAUUAUCUUCUUCUUCUUCUUCUUCUUCUUUCCUCUUGCAAAAGUCCCUUCUUUAUUUAUAUAUUUAUAUAUUUUGUUUUCAUUUGUAAAUGAACGAUCGAAGGAUUGAUUAUCAAGAAAGAUUAAUUCAACAAAACUCUAAUGGAGUGAUUUCAGAUUUUAGCUUCGAAGUCGGCUCCAGACGUUCCUCUCAAUUUCUCGGCAACAUGGAAAUAUGGGUUCCACAAUCUCCGGCAGCCAUGGACGAAAAAUUUAGAUCUCACCAUCACCAAAACGGUGUCGUUCAGGCGAAACUUUCUUCUUCUUCGACUAUUAUGAGCCGAUUCGAAACGCCUGCUUCGGCUUUCUACGCCACCGAGCGAUGCAUGGGUUUCUCUCAAUAUGAUUCUCAGGUGGCUUUUUCGUCUCCGGGGUCUCAGCUGAUCUCUUCGGACCAAUCUCAGUCUGAAACCUACUCAACCAUUGAAGAUUCGGCCCAUGAGCAGCCCAAUUUCGAUUUCAGAAAUCCGAUUCCAUCAAUGGCGAAAUCUCAACUCUCCACUAGUAAUAUUUUGGGAAGUAAUGGACAGUUUGGAUAUGAACCCAAUCUCCAUGUAGAUACUUCAACCUCCGUUCGAAUCCUUCCGGAGUAUUGCACAUCGUAUAGUACUUCUCCAUAUACACAACUGAGCUUUGGGUCACAUGAGGAAGAAAAGAAGCAACAGUGCCAAAAUAUAUCGUCUGGAAAUAAUAAUAUUAGUAAUAAUAAUGGUUGUAUUAUUACUCCAUUAAACUCUGUAUUAAAUGGAGCUUCAAACUCAAGCAAAUCACGUAUAAGAUGGACCCAAGAUCUUCACGAGAAGUUUGUUGAGUGUGCUAAUCGUCUAGGCGGCGCCGAUAAGGCAACUCCCAAGGCAAUACUUAAGUUAAUGGAGACAGAGGGAUUGACGAUAUUUCAUGUAAAAAGUCAUUUGCAGAAAUAUCGAAUAGCAAAAUAUUUGCCAGAUUCCACUGAAGGAAAAUAUGAUAAAAGAACCAGCUUGAAUGACACAACUCAGUUUGAAACCACAGCUGGCUCCCAGAUGAGAGAGGCCCUGCAACUACAACUAGAUGUACAGAGGCGUCUUCAUGAACAAUUAGAGAUUCAGCGAAAUCUACAACUUCAAAUUGAAGAACAAGGAAAGCAACUGAAGAAGAUGUUUGACAUGCAACAAAAAACAAGCAAUAGCUUUUUCAAGAGUCAAAGCUCAGAUAUUACAUCCCAAGAUGAUGCCCCAUCAACUAGCAAUGAUGAAGAUCAAUUCUCCUUCGUCGAACCCUCCGAAAACACUCAAUAUCCCUCUAAGAUCAGUUAGAUCUAUCACCAUAUAUUACACUACAUAUUGCAUGUUUUUAAAGUCUUAUAAAUAUACUCAAACUCAAGUGGUUCCAAUACAAAAAUACUCACUCUCUCCUUCUGAAAAGAAAAUAGGACAAUGACCGUUCGAUCAAGAUUGAAGAACAAAAUAAAAAUGUCUUAAAUUGAGUGCAACUCUAUGGUGUUACAAAUCAUAUAAAUGAUGUCUUCUAAAUUUUCUAUACAGAGUGGGCACAAGUACUGUCUAUGGGUUGGUUCUUUUUUUUUUUUGCUCAGAGUCUAUGGAUUGGUUCAUGGUUGAACAAAUUUUUUUGGGGUAGUUAUGUCUUUUCAAUUAUUUGUUGAAUGUCAUAAACUUUCCACUGUAAACCAAAAAGAAUAAAAAAUAAAUAAAUUACUGACCACAAGCUUACAUUAUAUUGA